AAUUAAUCCGUGGUCGUUUUGUAGCUGGGCCCUAUUAUUAUGUUCUAACAGCGAUAAGUGUAGGAACAUUUCCUAAAAAGAGAUGAAAAGGAAAAUUGAUGAAACUCGAGAGGGAUAGAAACAGCGAUGUAUCUAAAGAAGCCAUUGUGGAGCGAAGGAGUGACGAAGCCGGCGAAUUCAAAUGAAUCAUCUCUGCCGUCGUCGUCAUCGGAGCCUGAGUCCGAGGCAGCAUCGGCGGCAACAAAGGCGGUGGAAGAGCUAGUUAACUCCCUCAACGAACAGCGAAUCUACAGAGAAGUAACCCUCGCCCUCCGCACCGGCCUCCGUGACGCCAGCGCCGAGUUCUCCUUUCUCCGACUCCGUGGUCUCCGCUCCCUCCUCAAAUCUCUCCGAUCCAUCGCCCAGUCCGAUUCCACUAUCCUCCUCUUUUGCCAGACACAAUCCAUCCCUGAGCUCCAAGUGGUUCCUGUACUGUUUCAGCAUUCCUUGAAGGAAAUGGAGGAUGAAAAGGUGACCAGUUUGGAUCACAUAUUCAGUGUGAAGCCUAUGAAAAUCACAAGUCCUUCCACGGAUGCUGAAGUUGCUCUUGCGCUGAGGGUCUUAGAAGGUUGUUGUCUGCUGCAUCCGGAUAGCACUCAUUUGGCCCACAAAAACAACGCCAUCCAGGUUUUGAUGAAUAUCUUAUCAACUCGAGGAGUACUUGAGCAGGGUGCAUGCUUAGAUGCUUUAAUCUCAAUAAUGCUAGAUUCAUCAGCCAAUCAGAUGGUAUUGAAGGUUAAGCUAGGACAUGAGACAUUAAAGGUGGUGAUACAAUUAACCCAAGGGGAAGUUUAGUUCCCUAGUGAGUGGUGGCAACAGGGAAUCAUUCAUUCUGAAGCUUUAGCUGAAUUUUGAGUAAUGAAUCUCCUUAUCCUUUGCACCCACGUAACCAGGUGCAUUUGUUUUUGCUCUUACAAGGAUUUUGCAACAUGUAAUGGCAUUGAGGAAGUCACAGAGCUCAUACGAGACAAGCAAGUUGAUGAAAAUUUAAGGUUGAAAUGUGGAGAGUUCUUGUUGCUGCUCAUUGGACAUUUAAAUGGGAGGGAGAUGUCUCCCAUGGCAACUAUAAAUGAAGACAUGAGACGACUUCUAGGAGAAAAAUCUGCUUCUUUGAUAUGGGCUGCUAGUCAAUUCGGCUCAACACUUGAUCCAGAGCAGAGGCUGACAGCUCUCCACAUUCAAGCUGGUAGGGUGCUUGAGUCCCUAGAUUUGUACUGAGU